GGUGGCCGUUGGGCGGCGAGGCGGAAGUGGGUGUCUGUGCCCGUGUGCGUGCUUGGCCGUGAGGAUGCGGGUGAAGGUGCUGAGCCGCAAUCCCGACGACUACGUCCGGGAGACGAAGCUGGAUCUGCAGCGCGUUCCAAGAAACUAUGACCCUGCACUGCAUCCAUUUGAGGUUGCACGUGAGUACGUCAGAGCUCUGAAUGCAACAAAGCUGGAGCGGGUGUUUGCAAAACCUUUUCUAAGCUCACUCGAUGGCCACAGAGAUGGAGUUAAUUGCAUAGUCAAACACCCCAAGAGUUUGUCUACAGUGCUGUCUGGAGCAUGCGAUGGAGAGGUUAGAAUUUGGAACUUGACCAAACGACAGUGUAUUCGUGCUUUCCAAGCCCAUGAAGGCUUUGUUCGAGGCAUGUGUGCUCGUUUCUGUGGUACAUCAUUCUUUACUGUUGGUGAUGACAAAACUGUGAAGCAGUGGAAAAUGGAGAGCCCAGGAUACGGAGAAGAAGAGGAACCAAUUCAUACAAUUCUUGGAAAGACAGUGUAUACAGGAAUUGAUCACCACUGGAGGGAUGCUGUUUUUGCCACCUGUGGCCAGCAAGUAGACAUCUGGGAUGAGCAAAGGACCAGUCCCAUGUGUUCUCUGACGUGGGGUUUUGAUAGCAUAAGCAGUGUAAAAUUUAAUCCAAUUGAGACAUACCUUUUGGGCAGCUGUGCUUCUGACAGAAAUAUUGUGCUGUAUGAUAUGAGACAAUCAACUCCAUUAAAGAAGGUUAUCUUGAACAUGAGGACAAAUACACUCUGUUGGAACCCCAUGGAAGCUUUUAUUUUUACUGCAGCAAACGAAGAUUACAACUUGUAUACUUUUGACAUGCGCUACCUUACAUCACCUGUGAUGGUACACAUGGACCACGUGUCUGCUGUUCUUGAUGUGGAUUAUUCACCCACUGGGAAAGAAUUUGUUUCUGCCAGCUUCGAUAAGUCUGUCCGCAUUUUUCCUGUAGACAAAGGUCACAGCAGAGAGGUGUAUCAUACAAAGCGGAUGCAGCACGUCAUCACUGUAAAAUGGACUUCAGAUAAUAAAUACAUUCUGUGUGGCUCAGAUGAGAUGAAUAUUCGUCUGUGGAAGGCCAAUGCUUCUGAAAAACUGGGGGUGCUUGCACCACGAGAGAAGGCAGCUAUGAAUUACAAUCAGAAGUUGAAGGAGAAGUUCCAGCAUCACCCACAGAUCAAACGCAUCGCUCGGCACCGUCACUUGCCUAAGAGUAUCUAUUGCCAAAUCAAAGAGCAGCGGAUCAUGAGAGAAGCUCGGCGGCGGAAGGAGUUGAACCGUCGUAAGCACAGCAAACCAGGAUCUGUGCCAGUGGUGUCAGAGAAGAAGAAACAUAUUGUGGCAGUAGUGCAGUAAUUGUUUUCACAUAUACAAAAUGUUGCAAUGAAAGAAAAUGUCACAGUUGAAUGAAUACACAGUACAAAAUAUUAUGGGCAUUGGUAAGACAAAUGUAUGGGCUCCAGAGAUGUUGCUUUUCUUACAAGCAUAAACUGAUUCCAAUUUGUGAACUCACUGCCUGCUUUGGCUAGUCAUAAGAAUUGGCCCUGGAAUCAUUUAUUACCAGUCUGAUGUUACUGCUCUAACCCUGUAUUUCAGUGGAGCUUGAUAUUUCUGAUGUGAGCAGAUAGCUUGAUCACUGGUGUAGGAUAUCAGUAGUUCAAGUUCUAUGCUCUGAUACCAUUACAGCAAAAUAAAAUUGAAAUUGAUACAGAUUUUUGAGAGGCAGGUAACUAUUCUUUACAUUAGAACCAUGAAACCAGUUAUACUUAGGGAAAUUUUUGACAGAAACCUAGUAAAAUAAUAAAUGACCUUAAUGCAAUGGAGUAGAUCUUGAUUAUUCCAGUUGGCAAAUAUUCUGCUUCCUAUUUAUUGCAGCACAAUGUAUUGUUUCCCUUUUAUCUAAAAGAACCUCUCUACAAACAGUUGUUUUGUUUUGCUCUUAACUAUUGUUAUGACUUGACAAAACUUCAAAGACUGUUAAAGUUACUAAUGUUAAUAAGAGCAUAGUUGAAUAAGUCUUUUUAUAUUAAUUAAAACUCUCAAUCUGGAUAAAGAUGGCACAAAUUUGUAACAGACAAACUUUAGAUGAGACUUAAAAUAAGUUUCAUAUUUGAAGUUUAUAUUAAAAAAUAAUAAUAAAAGCUUUACAUUCCCCAAGGUACCAGUAGCCUGGAGGGUUUUGUUUGCUUGUUUGUUUUGACUGGGAAAUGCUUUGCCUCUUUUCCAGUGAGGCAGAUUUGGCUUUUUGCUAGAGUUACUCGGGUACUCAGAAAACUUCUGGAAUUUACUGGGUCUUUUAUUCUGUAACCCUCUUGCAGAAACGUGACGCAUUUAGUGGCCACAAAUGUUGCUUAGUAUUUUCCAUGCAAAAGGAGGUUUUCCAACCUUUUACUGCUGUUUGCAGUCAGUAACAGCAUUUCUUCCAACCCUCUGACUUUAUUAGCAAAAAGUAAUGAAUUGAAUUAUAAUAACCUGAGUUUUUUUUCCCUCUUUGUAAUUACCAUAUUGAGUGCUUGUUUUUGUUUACUAUACUGGUCCUAACAUCCAUAGGUGUUUGUAGUUUUUACUCUUUCACUUGUUUGUUUCAACGCUGCUUGGGCAAAGUUCCUGGAUCAUCAUGAUAAAGUGAUAAGAGGCCAUAAUGUAUCAUUUGCUCUCUGGAUCUCUUACCUUAUGGAGCUAUGCAGGAAGAAAAGCAGAUUUGAAGAGCUAUAAGUAGGAUGAUGAGAAGCAGUGGAACAGAUCAGGGAAUAGACUGAUGCUGGCUGAGUGCCUGCUGCACUAAUACAGUGUGUCUGUGCCAAAUAGUUUAUUUCCUUCCUGAAACAUUGAGAAAAUUUAGGGAGAAUGUGUGAUCCACAGCAUGGUUUGUGAAACAGCUGUAGUCAAGUCCAGAGCAAUUUGCAAAAUCAGACUGAUAUUCUGGAAUUAGAAUUUUCCAGCCUUGAUUCUUCAUAUUGAGUUGAUGUAGUUGGUUUUUCAUUUACUAAGUCAUGUUAACUUGUGGUGUGAACAGGCUUUACCACGUGGGGUUCACUAGCCUUGGUGCAAAACUCUGAAUGUAGCUGGAGAGGUUUCUGUUUGAAGUUAGGUUUGUCACAGCAUGGAACUCUGCUGCAUGGCAGAACUGUGUCCAAAGCAUCUCUUUAUGUUCAGAGUCCUUUCCGUGCUGUUGAUUUCAGACAGGCCCCCAAGUGGAGCUUCUAGUAGGAUCAGUAAGAUCUUCCUGUUUAUCCAGUAAGAUAACCAUAACCUCUCAGCUUAUCAGAGAGAUUGGUGCUGUACUGAGAAAAGAAAUUUUAAAGAUACAGAGGCUAUUGCAUUUGGAUAUGAAUUCCUUUUCUUUUUCAAGUUCUGUGAGUUUGGUAUUAUGCAGAGAUCUUAGUCUUGUCAUCAAAUAUAUUCAAGUGGGGCACCUUCUUUUAACAUUCCAAGGUAAAGUCUGUGUUCUGGAAUCAGGUGUUCCCAUGGCUUCACAUGUUACUUGUGAAAACAGGGUAGGUGUGGUCUGGGCCUUUUUGACAGGAGGAUGUUCAGAAUUCUGCAGGUGCUGUUUGUGGUCUGUGUGCUCAGGGGAGCCCUGGGCAUGGACUUAUACACACUCUCACUUGUCUCUCCAUUCACUCACCAUUGGUACUUCCCUUAAAUGUCCCAUAGAGAGUAUUGCAUAUUACUAUAAUCCUCUUAAAUCUCAUAAUAAAUUUUACAUGGUUCCCA